AUGCGACGUCUCCAACUGGUCGAAAGGAAACUCGACAAGAACGAAGAAAUUAAGAAGAGGUAUGAACAGCAAAUAGACACGCUACUCAAGAACGGGCUUCAACUUCAACGGACACAAGCUUCCGCCACAGAUAGCCAGCGGGGAACAGACGCCGACGAGAGAGAAGCGCUACGAGCGAUCAUGUCGCUGUUCGAUCCACUGGGCCUCGCCACUCCCAUCACCAUACAGGCGAAGAAGAUAUUGCAGGAGACGUGGCGUACCGGUAUCGACUGGGACACCGAGCUGCAACCACGGGAAGCAGACGCCUGGCGGAGCUGGAUGGACCACGUGCGACGGCUGUCCGCGCUGGAGGUGCCGCGGUGCUACCCGGAGGUAGCCACGGCCGAUACAGCGGAGCUGCAUACAUUCGUCGACGCCAGCUCGGACGCGUACGCCUUCGGACCAACUCUCCAAGCCAAAUAUCCUGUAGUGAUAUUCAUCCAUGGUGAAUCCUUCGAGUGGAAUUCAGGGAAUGUGUAUGACGGCGCUGUGCUGGCUAGUUACGCUGGAAUUGUAGUUAUCACUAUUAAUUACAGACUCGGAAUAUUAGGUUUUCUAAAUGCGAAUCCAAUACCGCAUUUGAAGGCGCGCGUUGCCAAUUACGGGUUGAUGGAUCAAAUCGCAGCGUUACAUUGGAUUCAACAAAAUAUCGCUCUGUUUGGCGGCGAUGCUGGCAACGUCACCAUGCUGGGCCACGGGUCCGGUGCUGCGUGUAUUAAUUUCCUGAUGAUAUCACCUACUGUUAUGCCCGGUCUAUUUCAACGAGCGAUCCUUCUGUCUGGUUCAGCAUUAAGUUCGUGGGCACUAGUGGAGGACCCGGUCAGCUAUUCCGUCCAACUGGCAAAGCAAUCCAACUGCACCCUCCCCGAGGACAUCGUGAAAGACCACGAGCUAAUCGUGGACUGCCUUCGAGAGGUGCCACUCGAAGAGCUGAUGUCCGCAGAAAUUAAUACGCCGAGCUACCUCACCGCUUUCGGUCCGUCUGUCGAUGGUGUUGUCGUCAAAACGGAUUAUGCGAAGGAACUGCUCACUUUCUUCAUACCGAACGAUCUUCAAGGAUUCACAAGUGUCUCGGGCGUUAACAAUUUCAAAGCGGACAAAAGAAGCGGAGACAGAAUUUUCGGGAUCAGAGGGGGUCAAAAUAAAUACGAUUUACUAUUUGGAGUGGUGACAAGCGAAGCCCUUUGGAAAUUCUCAGCUCAGGACAUACAAAAUGGAUUUGAGGGCGAGAGGAGGGAUAGAAUAAUAAGGACAUACGUGAGGAAUGCCUACACAUAUCAUUUAAGUGAAAUAUUCUUCACGAUAGUCAAUGAAUAUACAGAUUGGGAGAGAACUGUUCAACAUCCAAUAAACACAAGAGAUGCGGCUGUUCUAGCGAUCUCUGAUGCCCAGUACGUAGCUCCGUUAGUUCAAACAGGGGAUUUUCUAAGCGUCGCGAAGAGCUCGCCUGAUUCUGGGCCGAACACUUUCUUCUACGUAUUCGACUAUCAGACGAAGGACGGAGAUUAUCCACAGCGAAUGGGCUCCGUCCACGGAGAAGAAUUGCCGUAUUUGUUCGGUGCACCCCUGGUGGACGGACUUGGACAUUUCCCGAAAAACUAUACGAAAUCCGAAGUGGCGUUAUCGGAAGCGUUCAUUCUGUAUAUGGCGAAUUUCGUGCGGACCGG